AUGCGCCCUGUCAAGAAUGGCCUGGCGUUGGUCGUCACUCCUUUGGCCCUCGUUGCCGCCAUUCCCAUGCCGGGAGGAGGGACACUCCCACCGAACCUAGUCAGCAUACUUACAAGAUCCGGUAUCCACGUACCAACCGGUACGGCCGACUUCCCUGCCUUCCAAUCCGAUCUGUCGACUAUGCUCGAAUCCAUCCCGACAGCAACUCACGGGGCUGUCCCGAGUCCGACGCAUCCCGGUGGUGGCCCUACCGGCACCCCGGAAGGUCCUGGGACUAGCCCUGGUGGUGGUGGUCCUGGCGGCCCCAGCGAAACAGGUGGCCCUGGAGGUGGUCCUGGCGGAGGCACGCCCAGUAUUCCUGGAAUGGGACCAACCGGUAGUCCGAUCGGCCCAGGCGGUCCUGGAGCGAGUCCAACUCACCCCGGCGGCGGAGCUGGUGGCCCUGGUGGAGAGACACCUGGUGCGCCUGGAGCAUCCCCAACCCACCCGGGUGGCGGAGCGGGUGCACCCGGUGUCCCUGGCGCGAGCCCAACCGGUCCUGGUGGCGCUCCUGGUGCCUCCGCAACCCACCCAGGCGGCGGAGCCGGUGGCCCCGGAGGAGAAACGCCUGGCGCACCUGGAGCAUCUCCCACUCACCCUGGCGGAGGAGCCGGCGCAGGCCCAAGUGGUCCUGAAGGCCCUGGAGGCCCUGGAGCUGGAGCAUCCCCGACCGGCCCUGGGGGACCUGGAGCAUCACCAACCGGCCCUGGGGGACCUGGAGCAUCGCCAACCGGCCCUGGGGGACCUGGAGCAUCGCCAACCGGCCCUGGGGGACCUGGAGCAUCGCCAACCGGCCCUGGGGGACCUGGAGCAAGCCCAUCUGGCCCUGGGGGUCCCGGCGGUGCCGGAGGCGGCGCACCCGGCGCCUCCCCAACUCACCCUGGCGGUGCUGGAGCAGGAACACCCGGAGCUCCUGGCGCAUCUCCGACUAGUCCUGGAGCAGGUGGUCCUGGAGCAGGGGGUCCAGGAGCAUCUCCAACUGGCCCAGGCGGAGCAGAACACCCCACCGGUGGAGCUGGAGCAAGCCCAACUGGACCUAGCGGACCUGGCGCAAGCGCACCUGGCGGAGGACAACCAGGCCAGCCCGGCGGUGGAGCUGGCGGAGCGGGCGGCGGACAACCAACACCCGGAGGCGGCGCUGCUACGGUAUGUGCUACUGUUACCUCGACUGUUACCGUGACUGUCUCUGAAUGUCCUCCUGCUGGUGGCGCCGGUGGCGCCGCCCCUGCAACCCAACCCGGUGCCGGCGCAGGUGCCGCGACUACCCCCGCUGCCCCAGCUCAAACAGCACCAGGAGCCGGGGUCGGGGCCGGAACCGCCCCUGGCGCAGGCGCAGCACCAACAACCGUACCCGGAGCUGGAGCUGGAGCUGGAGUGGGAACCGCCCCAGGCGCAGGCGCAGGCGCAGGCGCUAGCCCAUCAACAACCCACCCAGGAGCCGCAGGAACGACCCCUGUGUCAUCAGUGACAACAACACCCGGAGCCGGCAUUGGAAACGUAACUACGACACAGAGACCCUCGAACAUUACUAGCCCAACUGGCCCCGCUGGUAUUCCAGGCGCUGGUGCCGGCGCUGGCGCUAGUACAACCCACUCUCCCGGGGCAGGAGCUGGCGCAGGCGCAACUGGUACCGGAGCCACUGGCAGCCCUGGAGCCCCUGGAGGAGCGGGAGCUACUGGUAGCCCUGGUGCUGGAGCUGGCGCAGGCGCUACAGGCGGUGCCGCUGGAGGCGCAGGUGCAGGCGCAACAGGAACAACCCCCGUCACCUCACCAACUUCACCCGCCGGUGGCGCAGGCGGCGCAGGAGUAACAUCGACAACCACCGUCCCCGUGACCCCGGCCGGAACUAGUCCCGCAGCUGGCGGUGGCGCAGGCGCAGGCGUAGGAACCGGAACAACCCCCGUCGCUUCUCCCACUUCACCCGCUGCUGGAGGAGCCGGCGCGGGAGCAGGAACUGGAACGACCCCCGUCGCUUCUCCCACUUCACCCGCUGCUGGAGGAGCCGGCGCGGGAGCAGGAACUGGAACGACCCCCGUCGCUUCUCCCACUUCACCCGCUGCUGGAGGAGCCGGCGCGGGAGCAGGAACCGGAACGACCCCCGUCGCUUCCCCCACUUCACCCACUGCUGGAGGAGCCGGCGCGGCAGCAGGAACCGGAACGACCCCCGUCGCUUCUCCCAUUUCACCCGCUGCUGGAGGAGCCGGCGCGGGAGCAGGAACGACAACUACGACUACGACUACACAUGCGAUCCCGCCUCCGGCCGGCGGAACCGCUACGACACCCGCUGCGUCUCCAGCUGGAACGACGCCCGCUGUUCCUCCGCCGGCUGGUGGUGGGACGACUCCUGUGACGCCUUCGCCUUCCCCUUCUCCGUCGCCGUCGCCGUCUCCUGCGGGUACGGCGGGUGCCGUGCGGAGGAUGGUUGAGUCUCGGGAGAAGCAUGGGAGGAUGGGGAUGGUAAAGGGGAUUCUUGCUGAUGCUGUUGGGGCGUGA